AGUUGUAGAGCACACAUGUGACCUGACUACACACACACAUAAUUGCGAUUUCAUUUUGACUUGAUGAUAAUAUCUCAUGGUAAAGGUAAAAAAGUAAAAAUAAGUGCAAGUAGUGCAAGUUUAGUUAAAAUUGAAAGUUUAUGAGUUGAAGCGUGAAAACAUACUAAUUAUAUUCGCAUCGUUUUAUUUUUCCGUUCCAUGCCAUUCAAACGUAUUUUAUGCCGUCCUUUCACCGUUGAAUAUCAAAGUGUUGAUUGAGUAACAAGAACAACUGAUGCAGCUUUUAUUCAAGUUUCUGUACUAUGCCAUCAAUGCCAUCAUUUACCCCCCGAAAUGCUAAUCGAAAUGGCACGGAUGAUAUUAACACUGAGAAAAAUCAAAAUUCGUCCAGCUUCUUCCUCGUAAUUGUUAUUAUCAUUGUGGUAGUCCUUCUAAUGAUAAUAAUUAUGAGCGUGAUCAAAUGGUUCAUCAAAGAAAGAAGAUUGAGGGAGUUACGACAUCGUUUGAUACCAUUAUAUACUUUUGAUCCAAAUGAUGAAGAUGAUUGGGAAUCUGAAUUAUUGAACCCAGAUCAAAGUGACAUCUCUCAAAAGUCUCAGGAUUAUAAUUCGAUCAGUACUAACGAAGACAACGAUUCAUUGAUGAACAGAUUGAGAUAGUCAAGUUGGUAACCCCUUGGAUUAUUUUUUUCUUAUCAUUUUGUCUUCCAAAAAAGAAUAUUCGAAGUAAUUUCGGCGAUGCUGAUGCAUUAUUUGAGAUGACUUUGAAAACUAAGCUGCGUAUCACAAAUUUUACAUGUGUUCAUUUUUCCUUUUCCAAAUGAAGGAUUAUGAAUUAAUUUUUACUAGUCAUUCAUUAAAUUAAGUUUAGCAUAAAGUGCCUUAUUUUUUGUUAUUUUUAUUUUUAUUUAAAUUUCAUCUCAAAGUCUUUCUAUGGCUGUAAAUCUUUCUACUUUGUCAGAAGUAUAACACUGAAUGGUUGUAAUUAUCAUGUCAUUAAAAUAGAAUUAAUUUUUCAAGUACUAUGGAAUGGUUAAAUAUAAUAUCGUAGUAUAGUGAUGA